AUGCAGGAUCCAUUUCUGACGAGGACUGGCGAACAAUGCCACCACCAACAAGACAAUGGCAAAACAGGCGAGAAGAUAGAUAUCAUGAUCACCGCUAUUUCUACUAUCCUGAAAUUAACACUCCAGAUAGUUCUAGACAUAGUCAGGGAAUACAAUAUGAUGCUGCUGACGAUCGAAAUACAAAUAAGCCCAGACACAGAUAACUAUUCGACGAAAAGAGAUGAAAGAGGGACAAACUCCCGUGAGUACGAACGUGCAACAAACAAACAUUACCGGAAAAAUCAGACAAAGCAAGCAGCUGUUCCUCAGGCGCGGUCAGGUAUUUCCGUUUGGGGUGUUACGAAGGACAGUCCCGCGCAAGAAGAAAUCGACAAAUUCCCUAAGCUUCAUGCCCAUUCUCCAGUUCUGUACAUGGCGCCAAGAACUUUGCGUUCUGGCCAGAGAUGA